CAAUGCCCUGGACAGGUCCGGGAUGUCCGUGGGCGGGACGGGGGAAACGGGCGGCACGGAGGCCAAUGGUGAGGAGGAUCACCUCCACUUUGGUGUUGUGAAUGAUCAUGAUCCUUUAUUUUACCCAGAGGGGCGCCGCCGGGGGAAGCGGGAAGCGGUGCGCCGGGACGACCCAGAGUCGGGGAGCACGGCCGACAUCCAGCCGGAAUUAUUUCCCCUCGAGCCCGGAAAUACAAGCUCAUCAAGUUCCUCGGCCCGUUUGCGCAGUCGCACAACGUCAGAGACCGAGACGGAAUGUGAAGACGAACCCGCCUGGUUUGAAAAAGGCAACAAGCAAGUCAAAAUCACGUCCGGGCGAGACACGGGGCGUGGGAGCAGGGACAUCAAGGGCGGGGAUUUUUCAAGAACAGCAAGCAGUAGGUGCGGUUGUUUGAAGCGAUUCUGGCCCGUGCGGCAGUGCCGCCGGAUCACACGCCGGACCGCUCGGUGUACAGCGAGGAGAUUACGCGAGUGGCGGUUGUUUCACCGGUGGCCCAUAAUUUCUCGCAGUCAUGUCGCAGGUACUAACGAGUGCACGCUGGAAAACAAGAAGCAAGAAACGCAAUCGGACGUCGCGCCGCAUCGCAAGAGCAGCCGCUUGCCCGCUGUUGUUGCCGUCGCGCUCGUGGCCUUCUGGUUUGUUAUUUAUGUGUCCAGGAGGCACAGCGAGAGUUCGGGAACCAACGAGGACCGUCAUAAAUUUGACAGCACUUUAUUCAGUGGCACGACCAGAGAACCGCGAUCUUUUUCCAGCCUAGAGCUCGGGCCUGGCGCGCCGCGAAGUAAAAUCAACAUGAACGCCGAAAACGCAUUCGGGGCGCAGUUCUUGUCAGACGCGGGUGGAGAUGACACAGCAGCGACCAAUGCAAAUGAAGCAGGAACCACGAGAAAAAAAAAGAAGAUCGGGGGCGCUAUUCCGUCCGGGGCCACGCCGAGAGUAACGGCUGGCUCCUCCUUGCUGGAAGUUCAGUGGGGCCUUUUCUCCGCGGUAUGAAAUUUGUUAGUACUAAACAAAUUUUGUUGGCUCCAAGUUGUUGUUAUAGCUAUGACAAACGCGGCCGUCCCCGGCGUGUAGAUGUAGGAGCUGUUCUUGUGAAUUAUGAUGCACGAGGUCUACCUUCAACUCAUCCAGGUUUUCGGCGAAUCAGAGACGACGACGACGACCCAGGCGCCCACGCUGGCGGAGAAGCACUUGGGCGCGCACCCGCAGCCGGACGAGGGUAGUGUGGAGAACGCGUUGCUGAGCCCCUUUCUGCCCCCGGUGGAGGAGGAUGCGGAGGGCAAGGGAAAGGAGCCGGCGGGCGCCUUUUUUUUUGCCACCAACGAGAUGUUCGAGGCGGUUUACGACCAGCCCUUUCCCAAGGGCGGGGCCGUCGACGCGCCCCCGAAGUGCGACCACAAGGUGUACAUGCCGGUGUAUGUACCGCGGAGGCCCAAGGAAGUAGAUGGCACGCACGGCAGAAGGGAGUCGGUCAUCUACCCGGGGUGGAACCCUCGCGGCGUGGACAAGAACACGCAGCAGUGGCGGCGGAACCAGAUCGACCUCAUUCCGCCGGCAAUUUUGGAGGGCGUGGUUUUGCGCGAUUGGGAGAAGGAGAAGUGCAUGUGCUUGGAGAUUAAGCGGGACGAAAAAACUUUCGAAAUCGAGAAGCGGGAAGUCAAGAUCGAGAGUGAUGUGGAGUGUGUCAAACAGUGUUUGCUCCUGCCGGAACACUACGACUACAAAGGCGUGCGGUAUGGGGAUAAAUACCCGGUGGGAGGUAGUUCGACGGGCAAGUUCGACGGGGGGAAAUGGUUCAUGUUUCCGGCGAUCGCGCUGCUCUGGGACCACGACAAGCCCCAUUUUCGCCUCGUACCCGAGACGGUCUUUCCCGCGAAGGAGGGCGUCACGGACCGCGAUGACUACAAAAAAGCGGACUUCGAAAAAAACAACAAGUACUUGUGCUGAAUACUGCGAUAAAAAAAGAAAGGUUGUAUGGUGUUUGAAACAUCAGACUGCAUGACUGUUGGCUAAUAUCCUUAUGAGAGUGCAAAAACAAAAAGAAGGCCUUGGAAAUUUUCAGGUGGAUACCGGAUCAUGAUUUUGCCGCGGGUGGGGUAUCGGGGCCAAACGCGAAUUUUAUACGUGGACUGUCGCCGGAUCAACCGCCGUUAUGAGACUGCAUGACUCAACUUCCCUUCAUUCGAUGUCAUGGAAAAUGACAAUCGGGGCGUGGAUACAACGUCACACGGAAGCCACGUUUGUGCUACUGCUUGUGUUGCGGUUCAUCCCGUCGAAUACGGGGAAAGGGGAGUUGUGCAAUUCCAUAGCCCUCCAGUCUGAUCCAGAAACUUUGCGCUCUCUAUGCACAAGCGCCCAAGGAAGAAGAAAAAAACAGCAAGGCAGCUUCUUUCGUUGAGAUGAACACGAGAGGAGACGACGGCGGGGAUGAAGACAAGUGGUUGGCGGGCGCGUCCUGCAACGAAGAGCUGAAAAGGGAUCUUACUGUCCAAAACGGUGCGUAUGGUGGCGGUACGGUCUUGCAGCUGCGACCGGAGGCGGCGGCUCCCUUCGUGGGCAUCAAGGAACGCCCCGACCUGCGGGACCCACGAUACCUGUAUCCCCAGCCCAUAGUAGCCUUGGACUUGAAGAGGCUGAAAGACGUGACGUCAACCUGCAAAACGACGUUGACCGAGAAGCUCGGAGUGGACCUGGAGAGACUCGGCAAAGUGGAUGAAAAGGAAAUCCGCGCCCUGCGGCUGGAUGUCCACGCGGGUCCGCAGCGGCCCCUCGCUGUUGAGGGCGUCGAGGGGCGCAAGCUUGACAAGAUAAAUUACGGAGGCGCCGGCUUCAGUGCAGCAAGGUAGUGAUCUGCUUUUGUAGAUUUUGAUUUUUGCUGGGUUUUGCCCUUUCUACACGACGAGGAAAUGAUGUAAAAAAGAUCUUCAUGUGCUGCCUGCACGAUGCGUUCUUCGCGGAAUUGCGAAAGCGAAUUCAGAUCGACGAAAGUUUCUAUUCUUCAACACAGGACUUUCGGGAAGUCAGUUGCUGGCGUUUCGGGACUGGCCAUCGCGGGUGCUGCUGCUGGUGUUAUCGCCCCCGCACUUGGCGGUGUUACGGCGGUUCCGGUUGUUGGUGCCGCUGUUGGUACAUCCUUGGGCAUACUCUCGGGUAUCGGCGGCGCGAUAAGCACGGCCGGCACUGUCAUGGGCUCUAUGGCAGCUCUGGCGGGGCCGGCGGCGCCGGCACUUGCUUUGUGCGCGAAUCCCGUCGGCGCGGUGGUAUGCCUCGGGACGGCGGUUGGGGUGGCAGUCGGAACGGUGGUCGCAGGCGCCUACGUGACGUCCAGCGCUAUGAGCGGCAACAACUUUUUCCCGCACACGGUGAAGCGUUGGAUGGAUUUGGACGCGAGGCGUCCGGAGCACUUUCUUUCGCCCGGGGAGUACGAGCAGGCCUGGUCCCCGGCGCGAUUGUGGACGCCGCCGGGAUGCGACAGCUACGUGAAAACCCCGUUCGCCACCUACGCGACCAACCAGGAGCGCUCCACGAAGCCUGCGCGGGCCGCGCUCAAGCGCAUCACGGCCAAGCAAUCUGCGAUGCCCCGCGUGAUGAUGACCGACGAGGAAAGAGAAAAGUUCGACGCGCAGGAUUUGAUGUGGCGCCGACAGGCACUCGCCGCGGCGCGCGGAGACACCACCGCAAUUGGCUACUUGAAAUCGGUCUACAACGGGCUCGCGGAGCGGUUCAGCGAUCUGGGCGGCGGCGACGGUGGCGCCGCUUUGGAAGAUUGUGUCGACCAGGGGGCCAUUCAAGUUCUGAUCCCGCAGCAGGGGGUCUGUGUAUCCGCGGAAAAAGAUGUUGAAGCCAUGUGAUGCAUACGCGACUUUGGCUGCUUGCAGUUUUUUUUUGGAAUCAAGUGAUGCAACACACAAGCACGACGACGAAGAUUGCAGCAGCGCAUAGACUGGUACUACCGUAUGAAAAAAUUGGACGCGCAUGUCCUGUUGUGCGGCGCAAAAAUGUUCGUGGAGGGUCACACCUCCGUCUACUGUCAGCAAAAAGAUAUAAUUUUGGUAGGCCUUUACUGUCUCGAUGCUCAGUGUCGUGGUUUCACAUCUUUUCCUCAGGACACUGUGCCGUCCCCUACUCCGCCACGGAAGACGUUUACUUCACGCCAUACGACGAACCGGCGUGGAUCUACAGUGGGUUCAAAGAUGAAAAGGACUGGAUCGGCGGGGUGUCGACCAAGAGCCAGCGCAUCGUUCACCGCAGCACUCUGCUGAACACGCCGGUCGUCGCGGAGUCGCUCCUGCAGCGGUCCUGGGAAAUCUCGAAGGCCAAGCACCCGCCGCUGCUGCUGGAGACGCGACCGCAGGGCGUGCUGGUGCUGAGUCAAGUGAACGCGGACGACAUUCCGGACGAGAUCUGGGCCCACGUCCGCUUCACCGACCUGGGCAGCGAGAGCCUGGAUGCGGAGGCGCCGAUCUUGACGCUGCGCCGGGCGCAGUGGGCGGAUGACAACUGCAAGGGGCGGGCGGCCGAGAACAAGCGGCUGCUGGCGGAGUCGAAGAAAAAGAGGUACACGCUGCUGCACCUGGACAUCUUCGGGAAAAACCCAAACUUUUUCGUCUCCACCAUGUCGCCGAGCGAUUUAGUUCCGUUCAAGCCAGACCAGAAUCCGGACUUGGUCGCGUACCUGGACACCCUGGGUGUGCGAAAGUCGGUGGAAAAAAAGCUGCAGCAGACCAGGCCGGUCAAGGUGGAGGGCAUGCGCGGGAGCCACAUGGUCGCGGUGAAGGAGGACCUCGGGCGAAAGGUCGCGGCCGCCGAGCAAGCGGCGGGCGACGCGAGCGCAAAGGUGAAGGAGUUUUUCGAGGCGCUGGCGGAAAAGAACGAGGAGAGUUGGCACAUCGCGCGGGUAAGCGCGGAGGAACUCGUGGACCAACUGGACGAAUAUACCGGGCUAGUGAACGUACAGUUUCGUUUUUUUGUUUCUGGUUUGUCUGUAUCGAAGUGGAAGUAGCAUGGCGUGCCGUGCCACGUCUGUUUGUGUUGCGUAGCGUCGCUACUGCUGACAGGAGGGCCUCAAUGUGAAAGUGGUUUUUACCCAGAAUGAGUACUUACCAUGAGAACCCACUGUGCCACCACUGAAAGAGCAAAACGAAAACUUACAUCAGAUGGAGCGCGACUACACAGAAGUUUCGGCUUUGUGUUACAUGAUAAUCCCCGCAAUAGACGCUUUGCAGGAAGACUUCGAUGCCGAGCUUUCGGAACCGACGGCGGCGAAGGUUGGGCAACUGGUUGAAAUCACCAAGCAGCUCCACGCCGCGUACACGAAGAGGGCCAACGCCGAAGCCGCAUCCUUCCUCGAGUUGCAAAAUGAUGACGCGGCCGGCUCGUUUUUAGAGAUGAAAGAGCUGGAACUUGAUGUAGACGAUGCAACAAGUACAGCUACGAAAGCCGGCGAGGCAAGCGAAGCGCGACUAGGGUCGUCGACGUUCGUGGUACCUCCAGAGGGUAGAGAUAAAGCUGAAACCGCAGCAGAGAUAAAAGGUACGCGUGGUGACAACACACUGCAGGAAGGGACGGCGUUUCUCGAGGACCAGUACGGCUCUACUGCGGGACAGCGUGCGCGAACGAAUGCGCAGCAAGGAGGCAGCCAAACGGACACGGCCGUACUGGACGGCCGCUUUGCACCAGCUGAGUCCGACGUUCUUCUUGUCCCCCCCGAGUCCUUCUUGGAGGCCGGCCCACCGCCCGGAGGCGAGUCCGAUGCGGCGGGAAAGGGUAUGAAAGGCAAGGGCGAUAUGAACAAGGGUAAGCCGGAUGCCCCCAAAAGUAUGUCAAAAGGCAAAGACGCGAAGAAGGGCAAGGGCAAGGGGCCGCAGGGCCCCCCCACGGGCAAACUGUCCGACGAGGAGAAAGAGAUGAUGACGGCAAAAAUGAAGGCCAUGGGCAAGUCGGAGGGGGAAAUCAGCGAGAUCCUGGAAAUGCAGGAGAAGAAAAAGCGCGAGGAGCUGCGCAUGUACGAGGACGAGGAUCUGGACGUGGAGGAGAAAAUCACCCACAUGCAGAAGAGCGACUUGGCCACGAGUAUGAGCGCCAAGCUGUCUGCGCAGGCGAAGCAGGUCCAGGCGAAAGCGAAGCAGGCACUCCAGAAAGCGGAGGCGGAGAAGGCGCAGGCGAAGCCGGGCGCGGCGGGGGAGUCGUUCGAAGACAUGGAGGUGGUGCACAUCGCGGAGUACAAGGAACGCGUGUACUUUGAGAUCAACAACGAGCUGCGGGUGAAGCCGGUGCGGCAAAACCCGUUGUUCUACCGGGUGAACGGCGUCGGCCCGGUUUUCUACAUCGAGGGCGAUUACAACGACGCCGAGCUGCCGGGGCGGUUUGUGUUGCAAGAGGGAGUGACGCACAAGAAAAAGUACCGCCCGGUCUCGCCGUUGGAGCGGGCCUACGGGCUGGAAGGGCCGGACAUGAACCCUUUCAAUGAGCGGGGAAGCUACGAGCACGCCGUGCCGCGCGAGCCCUGCUCCGAAUCCUCACAGGUAUAGAAUACAUGGUGGAUAAUUGGGUAAUAUAUCGUGUUUGGGUCGUGAGGACGAGUUGUAGUUACCACGCUGGUGUGAUGAUCUGCCGGAUUUUCAUUUUCAAUUUCUUCGACCGAAAGUUGCAAGAACUUAAGCUGAUUUCAGCAGUAGCAUUUUUUUAUGCACGUCCCUACAUUGGUACAAAUUAUACCCAGAGCAAUUCCCACUUGAUAGUGUCAUGAUCAACUACACUAGAUGUUCAUGCUGUCGCUGGAUUUCCUCACGAAAAACUACACGGACGUGCUGACGGAUGGCAGAGAGUGGACCAAGAAGAUUGAGGUGUACGGGGACGCGCUGUACGCGAUCUUCUUUCGCGUGGGGCUGAAUCCGGUGCGCGGCAUGCCCGAGGACUGCGUGCUGAACGAGAACAUCAUGUUCAAGCGCCAGGACGCGGCGGACGUGGUGGCUUUGUGUAUUCCGGUCGGCAGCUACGGCGGGGUCUCGCUCGAUUUGAUCACCGGCGAGGACGAGUACGUCGCGAACUUCCAGCUCGUGCCGCAGGAAAGUUUCGAGCAGUACACGCUGCGCACGUGGAAGGAGGUGAAGAAGCAGCACGGUGACGAGGAGGUAGCGCUGCGGGGCACGGCGGCGAAGUUGGACGAUCUGCGGCGCAUUCUCUGUUCCCUCCUCGUCCGCCCGGACGCCGGGUACGAACCCUACAACGGGUACCCGCGCGUGGGCGGCGCCGAGCCCUACCGGCAGCCCGAGCUGCCGGUGUGCCCGCCGGACGUGGACGGCGUGCUGACCCAGCUGCUGGAAAACGGCCUGGUGAUGGUGGCGGAUUCCAAGGUGUCGGGGCACCUGUUCGCGCACAAACCGGUGAUGGCGGUGGACCUGUGGAGCACGGAAUUCUGCCCCCUGAACCAGAUGAUCUUCCUGCGCAUGAUGCUGUCCGCGGCGGUCGAGUACCGCGGUACCGGGCAAGUGAAGAUUGGGUACAAGGAGCCCGACCCGCACCCGUUCGAGUUCUCCUCGACGCAGUUAAGGAAGUACUUCCGAGCGAUCACGAUUGACACCGUGUACGACCGAGAGAACGAGGUGGAGCUGGAUCUAGACCUCUGCUUGAACACAGAAGAAAUGCUUCGCAGAAUAGGCGAACGCGUUGCGGUACUACUCUUCUGUGUUGUGGUUUCCUACUAACUCUAGCUUAACAAGCUUUCUCUUUUGCCGUCUUCCAGAAAAGAGCAUUGGACCACAGUUCUGUUUAUAUGAAAUUUCCUGUUGAAUACGUUUAUUCCACAGGUGCAGAAGCUGCCGAAGGGGCGGGAAAUCCUCUUUUCAGAAGCCGGAAUCACGUAUUUUCUGGAUGUUCCCGACAUUCUGCAGCCCAACGUGACCGCGAUCUUGAAGGAGAAGCAGCCGAAGGACGGGGCGCCGCUGCCGGCCGACGCGCAGGAGGACAUUCUGAACCUGGUCGGCGAUGCCACCGGGACCGUGGAGUUUGCUCCGGAAAGACUGCAGUUCCGCCUGUUGACCGCCGAGGAGUUCCACAAGUUUGAGGAGUUGCCGCUGCCCUACGGCCUCGGCCAGGGCAGUGUGGGCUUCUGGCCGCCCGGGCCCGGCGGCCAGGAUUUGAGCAACCGUUGGAAGAUGCAGCCGCUCACGUCCUUCCUGGCGGGCACGAAGCACGAACUGGCCUCUACGCUCGGCGAGCUUAUGCCGCGGUCGGCGGAGGGCUCGCCGUUUGGAGAAGUCUUCAAAAAUAGCCCGCUUUUAGACUGUAAGAACCAGUGCGUGGAGCGCGCGGUCAUCAAGAUCCUGAACCCGCCACGUUCCGGCGUCUGCAUGGAUUGCUCGCUGGGGGAGCAUGACUGCGCCGCCGCGAACCCCAGUUACGCCUUCGGCCAGGACCGCUACACGCUCCUGCAGCCCAAAAUCGCCCAGAUGCUCGAAUCCUACUGGUCGCAACAGUUCCUGCAGGACUGCUGGCACACCACCACGAAAGACGCCCCCGCGCACACGGCAACCCUGCAGGGCGCCAGCAUUUUCGAGCUGCGCACCGAAAACGACUUGGACGACGUACCCAGCGAGAUUUUCGAGGCUGUUUCGUUUUACGACCGGUCCGCAAAAACGUCGUACGAGAACCUCCCCACGCCGCCGAACGACGUGAGCGUUGUCCGGGCGAAGUUUCGAGAAAUGAUCCGGAAUGGGCAGUGGACGGAGCUCGUCCUGCGCAUGGCCGGGGAGGACUUUCCUAACUUUUUUCCGGCCGGCCCGGACAAUUUGGGCAGCGCCGUCGCGUUGACCGGAUCUUCAACAUCCUCAAGUUCUUCGUCGUCCGCGUCCGCUCUGGAACUCGGGAAGACGAAAAAGCGGAUGACUUUUCGCCAGGAGCGCAUCGAGUCGCAGCUCUUCAGCCGGAAGGGCCGCACGUGGCGCGUGCGGCAUCGCAGCAACUACUUGCCGGAUGGCGGGCUCGAAGCCUCCUCGGCGUUGGAGCAGGAGCCGCCGGCCGCUCAAGGACAGCAGCCGGAAGCGACAGUUGAGGAGGAGUUGGAAAAGUGGUUAAAGGCCCACAUCGCGGACGACGCUCGGCGGGACCGGUUUGCGAAGAAACUGCAACACGAGGAGCGAAAGCCGGUGCAGAUGAUGCUCGCGUCCGAACUGCGGUCCGGUGACGGCGAUUCCCCCUUUCCGAAAGACAGAAGGGUGUUCGCGGAGAACCUACCGGGGGAGAGCCGCACCGUGCAGACGAAAUACAAAGACGAGGACCCCGUGGUGAUACUGGUAAGGAACGGUUUAUUGUGCUUGCUUUUUCCUCGGUCUUCGUCGCCACUGCGCUGCUGUUUCGAUUAGACGGACCGACAUUUAUCAAUUUCGUAGCAUCGUGGAAGUUCAAGUUUUUGAAUGAUACAGCUUUUUACUUGUCCUCUCGUGAGAUGAAGCUGCUAUUCUGCAGCGCUAUUCAAGAAGCAGCAGAUGAAACAAGCAAAACGCGAAUGAAUGGACUUAGGUGCAAGUUGGCCAGAGCAGGUCGAAAAGCGGCGAGCAGGUACGAUUGCUCAGCGGGCUGCGAUCCAAUCCCACGACGUGCUUGCCGUAUCCGUUGACUGCGGAACCCGAUAAACAAACGGAGUACUGCGCCAAGUACGCGAAUGCCGGUCCGGCGCCGAAGGGAGCGCCGAAGGGGGCGGCCAAGGGCAAGGGCGACAAGGGAAAAGGAAAGAAAGGCGAGGACAAGGGCAAGGGCAAAGAUGACAAGGGCAUCAAUGGCGAUAAAGGAAAGUUUGGAAAGGGGAAAGACGGUAAGGGCCCGUGGGACUUCAAGGGAAAAGAUGGCAAGGGGAAAGAUGGAAAAGGAAAGGAUGGAAAGGGGUGGUUUGACGGCAAGGGCGACGGCGGCAAGGGAAAAGACGGCAAGGGGAAAGACGGCAAGGGCGAAGACGGCAAGGGGAAAGACGGCAAGGGCGAAGACGGCAAGGGCGAAGACGGCAAGGGGAAAGGCAAAAGCGACGAUGGCAAGGGGAAAGACGGCAAGGGCCCGGCAGACGGAAAGGGGAAAGACGGAACGGGCAAGGGAGACACUCCGCCACCCACUGGCGAGGGAAAAGGCAAAGGCGGCGACAGCAAGGGCAAAGACGGCAAGGGCCCUCUAGACGGAAAGGGCAAAGACGGAACGGGCAAGGGAGACACUCCGCCACCCACUGGCGAGGGAAAAGGCAAAGGCGGCGACAGCAAGGGCAAAGACGGCAAGAGCCCGCUAGACGGAAAGGGCAAAGACGGAACGGGAAAGGGAGACACUCCGCCACCCACUGGCGAGGGAAAUGCCGCGUCCGAUGCGGAAAAAAAUGAUGGCGCAGGUGGAACUCCAACUCCGGAUGACAAGGGCAAAGGUGGAGAUAGUAAGGGCAAAGGAGAUAAGGGCAAAGGCAAGCCGUUUGACAAAGGAGAUAAAGGCAAAGGAAAGGCUUUCGACAAAGGAGGCAACAAGGGGGACGAGUCGAAAGGCAAGUCGAAGGAACAGUUGAAAGGCAAGGAUAAAGGCCCCGAGGCUGCGGGUGGUGGCGGGAAAGGCGCCGCGACAGAAGAGGCUGCGGAGAAGAAACCGGAACCGGACGCUGAGCCUGCCCCUGGAGGUUUCUAAUGCAUCCCAGGCGUCGAAGUCGUGGACAUCAGCUCCGGAUGGGAAUCUGCGAAGAGUAAGACAGCACUACUAGUCUCAUGUUUAUCUUCUUGUACAGUGGCCAAGUGUGGUUUACGAUCUCUCUCUACGUAAUUACUACUUGUUUGUUUCUGAGGUUGAACAAACCUGUAAAUUUUCUGUUGGUUUUGUUCCUCUGACGUCUCUUCGUUCCGUUUCUCUUGCACAUUGUAAGUGUUUCUGUAAGUUUCUUCCGUAAGCAUCAGUAUGGUGUGUUUUUUUUACCAAGUUAGCACCUGGAUUGUUUCAUUUUGCGCUCGCAAGUAGGUUUUACCGUCUUUUUUUUCGAAGCAGUUAGACGAUGUGGUUGUGCGUGCGCGGAGGUAUUCUCCGUACACGCGGCACUGCAUCGGUUUAGCUAAGAGUAUCAAAUACUGCUGGAAGCCUGCUGCUUGCCUCUCUUUGCUACUCUCUUUACUUACAACUUCUAGAAGCGCUCCUCGAGGCAACAACCUUAAGAAACGAAUGGAAUACAUACCUCAAGUAAGCGAGAGAUGAAAACUUGCCGCAUGUUUUACUUCGAGUGUCUGUUGCAGCAUUAUACUACUCGCGGAAAAGUUUCAAGUCACCCCUGGUCU